AUGAAUUUAACUACAUUAAUCAUAGCUAUCGUUACUUUGCUUGGUCUACAAAAGCCUUUAACAUUGUGCACCAAAGAGGAUAGUUUCCUUUACGAUUAUAUAGCUGCAUUUCCCUAUUUAAGGCUGAUGCAAGAUGUCGUCUGGUUUAUCAGUGAACAAUUGGAUGGUGAACAAAAUGAGCGUUGUAAUCAGUUAAUCAUGAAUAUAGCCAACUUUACGCAAUUAACACAAUUUGUUUGGACUCAAUUAAGGGAUGUGAGAAUGAUUAAAAUUCAGUCGAAAAGGGGUUAUAUUGGUAUAGUGGUGACUACCGGAGCUGAAGAUCCCAUAAUGCUGGUGCAUAAUCGCCUUUUAAUUGGACGUCAUUAUAGCAUAACAUUUGUAGUGUAUGCGGGAAAAGCUGAGGAUUUGACAGCUAUACGGGAGCUAUGUUAUUUAUUAUAUCAAGGCAAUUUUGUGAACAGUGUGGUGUAUUUUCAAACAGAGCGGGGCCAGUCUAUGGUCUACAGCAUGGACAUGUAUCCGGUAUUCAAAAUAGUUAAUAGCACAGAUUAUAAGCUGGCUUAUGAGAAGUUGACACAAAGAAUCCACUCGGCUUCACAAGAUGUCCAGAGAUAUAGAUUCCAUACUCCCAUUAAGCAAGAUAUACCAGGGGUAUUUCAGUAUAAAAAUCGAAAAGGAAAGGCAAUGCUACAGGGUUCCACAUAUUCCAUACUAAAGACAUUUGUGAGUUCAAUAAAUGGUGUAUUGGUGCCCUAUGAGGGGCCUAGUAAUAACAGCAAUCAGUCGAAUAUUGUCAAUAUGAAAGAGGUUUUGGAUUUAGUACGUUCUAAACAGAUCGAGAUAUCAGCCCAUGCCUAUGCUUUAUUCCAGCCCGAUGAUGAUUUGGACAAAAGUUAUCCCUUGAUGGUAGUCAAAUGGUGUCUUAUGAUACCUUUGCGUAAUAGUAUCUCCACAUUUUUCUACACUCUCCAGCCCUUUGAAUGGAAGGUAUGGUGUUUGAUUUUGGGGGCCUUAAUGGGCUUGUGUUUUAAGGAUUUAAUCAAUAUGUUUUGCAAUAGUGAAACGACCGAGCUAUGGCCUUUAGUUAACAGAUCCUGGCUUAAUAAUUUGUGUCACAUUUUAAAUAUUUCCCCCUCACGCUCAAUUUCAAUAAAGAAUCCUAAAAGUUUUCUUUAUUAUUUUACAGUAUUUUCCUUUGGUUUCUUUCUGUGUGCCUUUUAUACCUCUUAUUUGGGUAGUUCCUUGACCGUGUCCCUAUUUAGGGCCCAAAUUAAUACUUUAUCCGAUUUAAUAGCCGCCAAUCUAACGGUUCUCAUAAUUGACUAUGAAUUGGAAUUCCUAUUGGGGGAGGGCUAUCAACCUUCUCCAGAGUUUUUCGCUCUCUUAAAGCCCGUGGACUCGGCUACAUUUUAUCAACAUCAAAUAGCAUUAAAUUCAUCCUAUGCCUAUUUCAUUACCGACGACAGAUGGCUUUUUUUACACGAGUCCCAGAAACAUUUAAAGCUAAAACGUUUUAAAUUCAGUGAUAUCUGUUUCGGCUCCUAUCAUUUGGCCUAUCCUUUGCAAACGGAUUCGCCCAUUUGGCGUGAUUUGGAAUAUUUUCUAUUUCAUUUACAUUCAUCGGGUUUGUUUUACCAAUACGAGCUUAAAGCUUUGCAAUAUGUUUUUACACCGGGCAAUCUAGAACGUUUGCAGGAGUCUGAAACAUAUACUUCAGCGGGUUUGGAACAUUUGUUGGUGGUUUUUUAUAUGCUGGCUGUAAUGUAUGCAGUAGCAGUGAUAAGUUUGUUAAUUGAAAUAUUGUAUUAUAAUCGUAAGAAUAUUAAAAGAUUUUUAAAAAACUAA